AUGUGCAAUCUGGCUGGCUCAUAUUUCUUGGUUUGCCUUAUCAUUUGGUUCAGCAACUUUACUUUCAAUUCUCCCAAAAAUAUUGUGCGUGUGGAACACUUUGUUACGCGCGAUGAUAGGGCUAUCGCCUCUGGCGACAAAAGCAAAUUCAUGGGCUGCACAAUUUGGUUCACAGGUCUGAGUGGCUCAGGAAAAUCCACCCUGGCGUUUUCCCUGGAGCGAAGGCUUGUUUCCAUGGGCAUUCAGGCCUACGCUCUUGACGGUGACAACCUUCGUUUGGGCUUGAACAAGGAUCUUCGGUUUUCCGAUGACGAUCGAGCUGAAAACAUUCGACGGGUGGCUGAAGUGGCAAGGCUCUUUGCUGAUUCGGGCACUUGUGCCAUCACCAGUUUCAUUAGCCCCUUUGAAAAACAACGUCAAUUGGCCCGAGAACUCCACGAGGAGGCGAAACUGCCCUUCAUUGAGGUGUACCUCUCCACCCCACUAGAGGUGUGCGAGGCACGCGACACGAAAUCUCUCUACGUGAAGGCGCGUCGCGGUGAAAUAAAGGACUUCACUGGAAUCAACUCACCCUAUGAGGUGCCCCUUAAUCCCGAACUGUGCCUCAACACCGCCGAGGUCGAUCCGGAGGAGUGUAUCAAUAGGCUUAUUCAAAUUCUGACCCAUAAGGAGAUUAUACCGAGGAACGUAACGGACGACAAUAUCUGCGAGCUCUACGUUGCAGAAUCAGAAAAGAGCCUUUAUUUGGCACAAGCUGAGGAGCAUCCCCAAGUUGCUCUAUCGAAAACGGAUCUUCAGUGGGUUCAGGUGUUAGCUGAGGGCUGGGCUUCACCACUGCGCGGUUUCAUGAGGGAGGCUCAAUACCUCCAAGUACUCUACUUUGGCGGACUUAUUGAAGGACGUCAGGAAUUUACAAAUCUUUCCAUUCCAAUUGUGCUGGCCGUCACAAACGAGGAUAAGGAAAAGCUGGGACCAUCCGUUCAGCACAUCACACUCACCUAUGAUUCAAAACCGGUUGCCAUCCUUCUUGAUAUCGAAUUUUAUGCUCAUAGAAAGGAGGAGCGUUGCAAUCGGAUCUUUGGUAUUUGUGAUCGAGGUCACCCGGUCAUUGACCAAAUCAUGUCCUCCGGUGAUUGGCUAGUUGGAGGCGAUCUCCGUGUCCUUAAUCCAAUUGUGUGGAAUGAUGGACUUGACCAAUACCGUUUGAGCCCACGUCAGUUGCGCAAACAGUUCAAGAAAAUUGGUUUAAGUGGAGUGAAACGAGACGAGAUAAGGGCUGCCACUUUUCGUCGCAAAGCUAUUUUAAGCACAGAGGACAGCGCGAGACUCGGCGCUACAAGAAUACCAAAGGCCGAUGCUAUGUUCGCUUUCCAACUUCGUAACCCUGUUCACAAUGGUCACGCUCUACUGAUGCGCGAGACACGUCGUAGAUUGAUAGAGGAACGCGGAUUUCAUAGUCCUCUACUGCUUUUGCAUCCUCUGGGUGGAUGGACGAAACCCGAUGAUGUUCCACUGGAAGUUCGCAUGCGGCAGCACCAAGCUUGCCUUUUAGAUGGCGUUCUCGACCCUCAACACACCCUUCUUGCCAUCUUCCCCUCUCCGAUGAUCUACGCGGGACCAAGGGAGGUCCAAUGGCACGCUAGAUGCCGACUGAUGGCAGGCGUUCACUUCUACAUUGUUGGAAGGGAUCCCGCCGGUUUGCCGCAUCCAUCAAAGCCGAAUACUGACCUCUACGAUCCUACGCAUGGCGCUAAGGUGCUGUCGAUGGCACCGGGGUUGAAGGGUCUUGAGAUUGUACCGUUCCGCGUAGCGGCAUACAACAAGGUGCAUGGAGCCAUGGAGAUUUACGAUUCAAACCGCGCGGACGAUUUCAUCUUCAUCUCGGGAACCAAGAUGCGCACUCUGGCAAGGGAGGGUCAGCAGCCACCAGACGGUUUUAUGAGUCCAUCCGCGUGGCAGGUUCUUGCCGAGUUCUACUCACAACAACAACAGCAACAACAACAACAACGGAAAUGCAACCCCGCACCCCAUAAUUAA